AGUCGGGGUUUCGACGUGUUAUAGCGAGUGUGUGUGUGUGUGCCAUAUGUCCUAACAUCUAGAUCCAGAAUUCGGAGAAUAGAAUAUAGAGCGCAUUGCUUUUGACGCUUUCUCGAGGAACACGAUUUAAACAAGGGAUCGUAUUUCUUAUUAUCGCUGUGAUUUUUUGUUAGUAUUUCUUUUUUUUUACCGUAAACAAAGAAUUGUCUGAAGCAUCAUCGGUGAAAAUUGUGACCGGCUUUCAUCUUGAUCGUGGCAACUCCUUUUCGGUGUCUGUUGUAACGCGGAUUUUCAUUUAACAACGCGGCGCAGGUGAUGGGCGGGUAGGCGGCAGGAUGCCCCGAGUAUCACUCCGGCGUGGGCUGCUCUACCUCUCGGCCUUCACCACCUUCUCGCUCCUGCUGGUGACGGUGCAGCAGCCGGGGGGCGCGUGGCUCUCCAACCCCGCCGCCUCUCCCAUCACCCUCCGGCGGGCGCCCCGCGUCGACCACCCCGUCAUAGUGGUGGACGAUGCGGUGGAGAGCGGCGCCCACCCCGCCCAUGACGCGGACGACGCCGCAGGGGCCGAAUCAGCCCACGCUCGCGAGGUGUACCCGAGGGUACUGGCCUCGGCGCCCCGCCCCGAGCCCCUGCCGAACGUCACCCUCACGACGCUGCCCCCGGCGAGGCGCCCCUGGUACCUGAGCGGGGGCGAGCUGCGGCCCGAGGUGCCCGUGGAGGGCGAGCAGUGGGUGCGCACGCAGCGGAUCUGGCCCGACGAGAACCCCAGCGACCGCAUCGUGGAGCAGCUCAUGUUCCGGCCGCCGCUGCCGCCGCCCCUCGAGGACCACCCCGACCCGGCCGCCUCCGACAAGGCGCCGCUGCAGUACAAGAAGAUCCUCAUGUACAACGGCAUGAACUCGUGGGGCCUCCGGGCGGGCAUGGGGCAGUUCCUCAAGCUGAAGUGCCCCGUGGACACGUGCGUGCUGACGGGGAGCCGCUCCGAGCUGUCGUCCGCCGACGCCAUCCUGUUCAAGGACCACUUCGCGAUGCCCCCGCACAAGCGCGACCCCCGCCAGGUGUGGAUCAUGUUCAUGCUGGAGUGCCCGCUGCACACGCAGAACUUCGCCAACAAGAACGUGUUCAACUGGACGGCCACGUACCGCCACGACUCCGACAUCGUGGCGCCCUACGAGAAGUGGGUGUACUACGACCCCAACAUCCGGCAGAAGACGCAGGAGAUCAACUACGCGGCCAACAAGACCAAGCAGGUGGCCUGGUUCGUGUCCAACUGCGGCGCGCGCAACAACCGCCUCCAGUACGCCAAGGAGCUGGGCAGGUACAUCGGCGUCGACAUCUACGGGGCGUGCGGCGUCAAGAGGUGCCCCCGCUCCAACUCCGCCAAGUGCUUCGAGAUGCUGAACAAGGACUACAAGUUCUACCUCGCCUUCGAGAACUCCAACUGCCGAGACUACAUCACCGAGAAGUUCUUCGUCAAUGGCCUCAGGGGUCUCCCGAAUCAGAAGAGCCACCACAUCCUCCCUAUAGUGAUGGGAGCUCACCCGAACGACUACGCGAGGCAGGCACCUGAGAAGUCUUACAUCCACGUCGAUGACUUCGAGUCUCCAAAGGAACUGGCUGACUUCCUCCACAUCCUCGACCAGAAUGACGACCUCUAUAAUGAGUACUUUAGGUGGAAGGGCACAGGUGAAUUCAUUAAUACGUAUUUUAUGUGCCGCCUCUGCUCCAUGCUCCACGAUGAGGGCCAUCAACAGCACUACGAGGACGUCAAUCUCUGGUGGCGAGGCGCUGGUACCUGCAUCAAUGGAUCUUGGAGAAAAUAUGACAAGUUGAAAAAUGAAGGAGAUAAGAAAAAACCAGGAGAUGGCUGAGGGUAGAGAGAUGCAGUAGCGGAGAAGCGAUGACGGUGAUGAUGAUGAUGAUGAUGAUGAUGAUGAUAAUGAUGAUGACCUUUGAUUUCUGUGCAUCAAAGGAAAAUUGGUAUCAGGGUAGAUUUUUUUUUUUUUUUUUUUUUUUUUUUUUUUUUUUUUUUUUUUUUUUUUUUUUUUUUCUUUCCCCCUUUCUUUUUUUUCCAAGUAAUAUGGGUGAUGAUUCCGGCACAGGGAUUUGUCUGGAUGUGUGUACUUAAUUUUUGUGAGUGUUUCUGCACAGUUUUCAGCUCCAAAUCGUUCCAUGGGUUUGGAAAUAUAUAUUUUUUUUGUGGUUGAGAAAAAGAGAAAAGAACCCUUCUAUUGAAAAUGCAUCUUCAUCAAUUUCCCAGUGGACCUUUUAAGUUUUAUACAUAAAUAGAUGGAGACAUUGCUGCAUUGGCAAUAGCUCCUGUCAGUGCAGCAAGGGCAUAGAUAUGGUAUUGUGCCAGAAGGAAAGACAUUUUGCAUUGUACAUAAAAUUGGAUAGAGGACUUCUGAAGGGACUACUUUGGUUACAUAGAUUCAAAGUGAUCGUUCACUUGUGAUGUGAGAAGGCCAGUGUUGGCACAGCUUCGAGAGGAGCCGGCCAAUAGUUGAUAGAAAUGGAGAGGAAUAUAUUGUCAUAAUUAAAAAAAAGGAUGUGGUAUGCUAAAAUUCUUUGGGGAAAGAGCUCUCCAGAUACAACCAUGAAAUAUAAGGCAUUUUACAGGGUUGAAAUUUACCCUUUCUGGUUGUGGAAAACAUGCAUUCAUUUGCAUAUUGGUUGUACCAGAGAUUAAUUAUUUUUUUGCAGGUGUUCUGUGAAUGAAACUGGAUAUACUGAACAUAUCUGUUAAGAGAAGUACUGCAUAUUUGUCCUACACGGAAGUAAAUCAGACACAUUAAAGAAAACUCUUCUAAUACAUGUGAAUACAACAUUAUAUUUCAUAGGCAGUAUGAUUAGCACUAUGUUAUCACUCUAACAUCAACUUCAGCAAUGUCCACCAGUUUCACGAGAAGUAAAGAGGUGACGCAAUAGACCAAAGAAAAUCUGCUGUAAUCAAGAUAUCUGCUUAGCUUGUAGCCCCUUCUCUUGGAAGGGAGAGUUCAUCACACCUUUUUUUAUGAAUAUGUUACUCCUGUGUAUACUGUCUUGAUUACUGUUGAGUGGAAGAGCUACUUAACAGUAAUGACAUAACAUAAUAGUAAUGACAUAGUGAGCUUCUAAUAUGAAGGUGCAUCAUUUUGUGUGAAUCUUGAAAGUGCUCCUGUGCACUGUUAAUGUAAUAAAUUUUCUUGUUGGUCAUUCUUUGUUAAUAUCAAGUAGGAAAUUUUACUGUUUGUUAUAAAUAACUUACCAGUAAUAUUCCAUGAAACUCAGAUGAUACAAUAGGCUGCAGUAUUUAGAAUUAGGCUCUUGACAGUGCUAAACAUUUUGUUCAGUUUUCGGUCGUUUAUGUACAUUGGCAGAAUAUGAGCUAUUGUGAUUAGACUUUGUUUUAGCUUGAUUAGAUUGCAUUUAUUAAACAGUGUGAGAUUUUUAAAAAACUUGCAUAAUAUUUAUAUGAUACGCCCUCAUUGUUUUUUGAAGAAUCUUGAAACCAGGCAUAAUUUUAUUCCACUGUAGUUUUUAUUCAGACUUUUAAUAUUUGUUGCACGUUUGUUAUGUUCUAUGCGCUGUGAUAUCAGUCUUAAUUAGUGGUAGUGUUUAUGAGACCAAGUUAAAAUGGUCUUUGAUGAUUGUAUAUCAGGUCAGGGGAUCCUUUUGUAUGAUUGAAACUAUGCUUUAUUAUGGGAAUGUAAGAUUUAAAUUCACAUUCACACUCAUUUUUCGAAACAUCUUACAUUCAUAAUCUUUCUCAUGGUUGCAUUUCCACAAGCACACUCUCACUUGCUCACUCACUCAUUCAUACUAACACACAUUCACACUAACACUCACUAACUCACUCAUUUUUUUUCUGUAUCCCUCUUAUCUAUCAUUUACAGAUAAACAUUCUCAUGCAGAUGUUGUUUAAAGGAAGCUAAUUCACACUCACACACAAAAGCUUUAGGAUUUUUCUAAUUGUCACGAGGCAUAUUCCAGUGAUCCUAUAUUCAAGUGUGAUAAUGUGUUUGCUAGGAUGUAUACAAACCAUUUAUUUAUUUAUACUGAUUGUGUUUUUUCUUAUAAGUGAUAGGGACAUUCUUUUUGUAUUAAUUUGAAAGUCCAGAGUAUUUUUUCGUGGGAUUAUAUAUGAGUCCAACUUCUAUCAGUCAAGAUAAAUGUGAUAUUGCAUUUGUAGAUGUGGAAGAGCCAGCUAUUGCUAUCAGAUUUUUGGAGUUGGAUUUUUUUUUCUAUGUCUAAAAAAAGAAAAAAAAAUGCAGUCUGUUGUGACAAAAGACCAUUUCUUGAAACUAUUAUUGAUAUACAUAUCCACGAGAUACUGUACCAUGAAAUAUUUCAAUAUAAUUUUAUGGAUGCUAAGGAAAAAAUAUGUUUAGCACAGUCUUCUACAUUAUCCCAGUGGUGAAAUCUCGCCCUGUGUGAGGUAUGUGUGAGCUAAGCAUGUUUUCUUCACUGAAAAAGUAUUUAUAUAUAUACAGUAUAUGAGAUCCACCAAAGUCAUUUCUGAAUACUUCAGUAAAUUACUGUACAUAUACACAUACAUGUGAACUUCCUCCACAACCAUAACAGUGAAUGAAUCAGAAGAAGGGUAUGAUAGAAAAAGUAUGUACUUGAAAUGAAGCAAGUCUGUUCCCCAAACUGAAUCAAAUAUCUUUUUAGUUCCUCUUUUUUUCUUCCUAUAUUUUAACAGAUAUUUAUGAUUUAGAUACUGUGAUUUCUCUAUGAUAAAAUGCUUAUUUUUGUUAGCCUAGAAUACCUUUUUUUAAAGAAAUGAGUUCAUAUAUCACCCAGUAUAUGGUAAAAUAUGAACAACACAGAUUAAUAAGCUUCAAUACCUGCCAUAAAAAUGACCAUCAUUGAUAGUGUUGGUGUGUAACAACUAACUCAUUUUGAAUGUGAGAAUUAAACUUUUUAUUCAUACAAAUGGAACAGAGAUUUUUCUCCCUCUGGUACAGAUGAAUAAUCAUUUAUGUAAAGAUUCUUUUCAUUCUUUUCUGGUGUUAUAAGGUUUUGUUAUUACUGUGGUCAUAAUUUCGAUGGCUAUGACCUGUAAGGGUUUUGACUGAUAUAGAUUUUUUUAUUAUAAAGUUUAUGAUAUAAAUGCUUAUUGUUUGUCAGUGAUCAAUAUGCAGUUAUAAUUAACUGACAACAAAGGUUAUAUGAAGACUUGCAUGUCCAAUGGUGUUUAUGGACCAAUUGCCUGAAAAAGCAUAUAUUACAUAAUUUGUUAGCUUAAUAUCUCAUUGAACAAAAGCAUAGGUAUGUUCACAUUCAUGUCUCAUGACUAUAGUACAUAUGUGUGAGCCUAUUGAUGCUUAUGUUAUAGAUGAAAAUUUAACUAACAAAACAUUGAAUAAACACAUUUUUGGGCAGUUGGUCUAAGAACAUCUUUUGAAAAUGCGUGAUUUCAUAUAACUUCAAUAUGGGCAUGUCUGUCAAUUCAUGUAGGUAUAUUCAUUGACAUUCCUGACAGAGUUUAAAAAGAGUAGGUGAAAAUCCUGUUUUUCAUAUCACUUCAUGCAUUUCUUAUCACAGCAAACAUAAAGGAUGCAUAGCAUUCUCAAUGAUGAAAAUAUUACAGAGAAAGUCUCAAAGCUUGAUAAUGUAAGUUUAGCAAAGCUACUGUUUAAUGGAUAUCAUAGCAUAAAUGUACCAUACAGGGAUUUUGUAUUGAACUCUGGCAGUUGUCAUUAGCUUUGGCAUGUUUUAUGGAUCUUCAUGUGUAGUCUCAAGGUAUAGAAGGAAGAGAAAACCAGGAAACCAGGACAGCACAUGAUUCUGUUAACUCAGGUUUUCUCGCUGUUAUGUUUUCCCUUUCCUCAUGAUUCUUUCCCAGAUAAGGGUGGUACCCUAAAAGUGUUUUGUUUUUUAAGCUUCCUUAUCUCAGAAAAUGCAUUCCAUUUAGAGUUUUAGUUUUUUUGUAAUUUAUUUGUAUUAUUUUAUAUCGAAUGUGUUGGGGUGUAAAAAGAAAAAAAAAGUUAUGUAUUUUUGUACUUAAUCUUAAAUGAUUUGGAAACAAAGAUUGAAAGAUCUUUGUAUGCCCGAACUACCUAUCUCCUCCUGCUUUGUUACACAUUAACACUUGUUAUAUUGACAGUCCACCAUCUUUUUUUUUCUUUCUUCUUCUUCUUAAUCAUUGUAAGGUCUCAUCCAUUUCUGAGACAUGACAACAGUGAAAAAAGGACCUUCCUCUUCAGAUAGUAAUAGAUUGCAAGCAUUGCCAUCCUUGAGCUUCUAUUGGCAUAAUAUACCCAAAUCUUUUAAGCUGUUUGCAUUGUAGGCUAUUUGUUUUCAAUUAGUCUCUGCAUCCUUAGCAAAUUUUUAAAAAUUAAUAGAUCUAGAAAAGAAUAGUUCAACUCGAUUCACAUUGCUUAUGAGUAAUAUAGUAGUAACACUCACUGCUGAGGUAAAAGUUUUAAACUUUUAUUUUGUUUCCUUGUUUUAUUUGACAAGAUGAGGGAAAGGCUCAGUUCUGCAAUUCUGAGUCAUUAUUUAUACCAUUUUUUGGGUGUUUACUAUUAUGUAGCAUUGUCUAACUGGGUCCUUCAUGUUCAGACAUUACCGUUUUCCAAUAUGAUUCCGAAUCUAUUGGUAUUUCUGUCCUAGUUGGUAAUACAUGUGUGGGGAUAUGAUUAUAUGGUGCAGUCACUACAUUCUUAUUCUGUGUGUCAGAUUUCCAUGUGUGUUUUGAUUGCCAACUUUAAUUUAGAAGUUUUAUAACUGAUAGGUAUUAUGUUUCCAAAGACAAUGCAGUACAUGUAUGAACAUAUGCUGCAGAACUAGACCAAGAAAUAUAUUUUAAAAAAUCACAUCACUUUCAUUUAAUGCCAUUUUCUGAUAUUAGGAAUAACAUAAUUGUAUCUAUUCAGUCUUUUUUUCCCCUUCUAUAUUUAGAUAACUAUAACCAUUGCUUCUUGUAUCAAUGAUAAUAGAUUGUUGUAAUGUUUCUUAGCAGAAAAUCCUCUUUCGUAUGACUGAUCUUGACUUCAGUUGCUCAUUAUUCCAUCACAGUCAAUAGUUGAUAUUUCCACCUUUGGUUAAUGAUAACUCAGGGUAUGGGGUCCUGACAGGGGUUGCACUUUUGGCUCACAUUUUUCUAAUAAAUUUGGUGCUCGCUGGUAUAUGUUAUGGGAGUAACGUUUUUUCUUCCCAUGGCUUCAAAUCUUGUUUAGAUUAUAUACUUUUUCUUCUUGUGUUGGGAAAUUUUUACGACUUUAUUCAUUCUCUGUUAGUUUGUGCAGAUAUGAGAUUUUGUGAAUGCACUGAUGCAUAAUGUUUGGUAUUGUAUUCAUUUUGAAAAUAGUCUGUGUCAAAAGAAGUUUAAAAUAUCAGCACAAAUAUAUCUUCCUUUCUUUCUUUCUUUCUUUAUGACAUUCAGAGUUGUGGCAUUAUUUUUACAGUGAAUGAUUUUUUUUUUAUUAUGAUUAUUAUUUUAUGUGCUUUGUAUUGUUUGUGUGGCAGUGUGGCAAUGUGUUUUAACUUAUCAAUAUUUAGAAAAUAUGUAUGAUUUGUACAUAAUAAAAUGUAGUAAAUGAAACCUCA